GUCCCUCACGCCAGUGCAACAAUUAUCCACUUGUCUCGCAGCCAAAACAUGUCGGGAAGGCGCACCUUAUCAUGUAGACCGACUCAAACAGCCGCGACGCUGCGGGGCUUGGGGAGCCGAACUCCUCAUUUUGACAAGUCUUAGCAUCACGACAACCCAGGUCCGUCGUCGUCGAGUGUUAAAGACGUCGCUGUCAUCAUGCGACACGCAAUGGCUACCCAAGCACAAGCGACGCGCUGGUCCCACGCAUUCACAGCGCUGGGAUGUCGCCCUUUCUCUACCUCCAGCUCCCCCCGGUCUUCGGGCCUCACGAUCAACGCCGACCGUCUCAACGAGACGCUUCACCAUACAUGCCAAUGGGGUGCCGCCCACCGGUAUGGAAGUGAUCCAACAGAGACGGGCAUGGCUCGCCUCGCCCUCACAGACGACGAUGUCCGCGUCAGGGGCUGGUUUGCCGACGAAGUCAAAAGCCUCGGCUGUAGCCUCAAGGUUGAUCAGAUGGGCAACAUGUUUGCCAGGCGCCCAGGCUCCGGCAAGAUCAAGGCCCCGAUGAUAGCCAUGGGUAGUCAUCUCGACACGCAGCCACGCGGAGGUCGCUACGACGGCAUCUUGGGCGUCAUGGCCGCCGUGGAAGCGCUCCGUACGCUGCAAGAGAACGACUACAAGACCAACUUCGACGUCGGCAUCGUCAACUGGACAAACGAGGAAGGGGCUCGAUUCCCAAAGUCCAUGGUGUCGUCGGGCGUCUGGGCGGGCGCGAUCCCCAUUGACCAGGCGUGGGAUCUGGCCGACGUCUUUCAUCCCGCGGCGACGAUCAAGUCGGAGCUUCAGAAGCAUGGCUAUCUCGGGGACGUGGUCUGCUCGAGUGACGCCACAAGGGGCGUCGCUCUGUCCGCCCACUUUGAGCUGCACAUCGAACAGGGCCCAAUUCUCGAACGCGCGGGGAAGAAGAUUGGCGUUGUCUCCGGAGCCCAGGCAUACAAAUGGCUUACCUUCACGGUCGUUGGCCGCGAUGCGCACACGGGCACGACCCCCUUGGAAGCCCGCAGUGAUCCGUUGCUUGCGGCUGCCAAGAUGAUCGCCAGCUCACACGCGAUCGCGAAGGAGCAUGGAGCCCUGGCCUCAACUGGAAUCGUUAAGAUUCCGGCAAAUUCUUCCACUAAUACGAUUGCUUCUCGAACUAGCUUCACGCUGGACAUCCGACAUCCGGAGGAUUCCGUCGUUGCCAGGGUGGAGAAGCUGUGUCUCGACUCCUUCCAACACAUAAGCAAAGAGGAUGGAAAGGGGGUGAGCGUCGAUUGGACUCUUGAUACUGACUCCCCGGCCGUCAAAUUCGAUAGAGGCUGCAUCCAGGCGGUCGAGGCGGCGGCCACCAACCUUGUUGGCCGCGAUGGCUGGCUGCCCAUCACGAGCGGCGCGGGCCAUGACAGCGUGUACACGAGCAGCAGGUGUCCGACGACCAUGAUCUUUGUUCCAUGUAGGAAUGGAGUGAGCCAUCACCCGGAAGAGUACUGCAGUCCAGAGGAUUGGUGAGCGACCGACGUUAUGUCAUGCUGGUUACACAGAACUAACAUCCCACAGCGCCAUCGGCACGCAGGCACUCUUAGACGCCGUUGUGUACUAUGAUGGGGUAAAGGGCGGCGCGGCGGCCUGAGGUCCGGAGCGUCGCUUGGGUCAUGACCUGACGUGGUACCAGGGUAGUGUGAGAGAAAGCUCAUGUUGCUUGUGUCGGGCGUAGACGAUUGAGGCGCUCAUUCAGAUGUUGGCCGUUGAGCCCCGUCAUUUUUGCCUAGUCACUGUGAGAUCCGUGCUGUUACCACAGCCCUGAGCAAAGUUUCCCCUUGUCGUUGUUAAAUUGAUUCCCUAAUGCUGGC